AUGGGGCUGGACGAAAUUCCCCUUUUCCUUACCACUUUCAACGUGGCCAAGCAUCCUUUGAACGCUGCUGAUUAUAUCACAAACUUGGUGCCUUCGCUACCUGACGAGGCAUGCCAGUUGUAUGUGUUUGGGUUCCAGGAGUUCUGUACUGUGAUGGACGGAUGCUUUAGUGAAUCUGCAAAUGUGCAUCUCAUCGAGGCAAAUAGAAUUGUGCUUGAUGCACUUAAGUCGAAGUAUGGCACGGGACCAGGGUCUUUACGGUUUACGACUAUUGCAUUUAGCCAUGUGGGAGCAACUGGCAUAUUCGCUAUUACGCCGUUUCCUCUGAGGUUUAGGGAUUGCAAGACAGCGAGUGCAAGCUGUGGAAAUGGCGGUACGUCUCUCAAGGGUGGCGUGGGUAUACGACUCAAGUAUGUGGAUCAGGAAUCGGGAACCACCGAGUUGACGUUUACGAAUGCUCAUUUGGGAGCCUACGAGGGUGAAGCAUACUACCAAAGACGGGUGAACAACAUAUGGACGAUAAUGCGGGCAUUGGACUUUGGCGACGGGUACAGUUUUGUUAAACCCAACUGCCAUGCUUUCUUUAUGGGUGAUUUGAACUUCAGAACAUGCAAACAACCAAAGGCUGAACUACCCACGGCAGAGCUCUCUCGUUUGCACGAUCAGAGCCACCAGAGUUUUCUGAAGGAGGAGAUCGAAAAGCUUGUGGUGAAGUACGACGAACUUACUCAGGGUAAGGCCACCGGCGAGGUGUUUACAGGUUUCACGGAAGGUUGCAUUUCCUUCUCUCCUACUUAUAAGUAUCAUCCAGGUACGGCCAUUUAUAACACCAGCAGGUGUCCGCUGUGGUGUGAUAGGAUCUUAUUCCAGAACACUUAUCGUAGUGGGUAUCCUCAGAUCCACACUUACGACAGCAUUGACAAUUACUUGAGGUCUGAUCAUCGUCCUGUCUUUUUACACAUUUCCAUACCGCACAGUCCACCUGAAAGCAUUAUUGGCCAUAAUGGCAACCUUAUCGUCUUACCCAGCGCAGUGCCCAACAGGCACCUUGCUCACUCUGUAAGACAGGAUAUGCUGUUGGCGGAAGAAGAAGACACGGUGAGUGCAGUUAUUCGUUAG